GGAAAUUCUAAUUCAACCACCCAGCCUUCAUGACUUCGAAGCCGACAUGCUAGAUCGUCGAUUUCUUUUCGCUAAGGAUGUGAAACAAAGGCAGUUGCUCUGCGGUCGUCUCGGGAUAUGAUGGUAUCAUACCCCUUCGUUGUUGUUCAUGCAACAGGGAUUGGUGGUGGUGACAAUGACGUCACCCGCAUUGUGUUACUACGCCAUAGUCUGGUAGCAUUUCCACAGGGAUGACAUUCAUCCAGCAUUCGUUAACGCAAUCGAGAAGACCACGGAAAUCACACCGAACCCGGCAGUAGGGUGUGUGGAGAGCCGACCCUGUCUGGCUACACGAUACCAUAGGCGGUAGGAGGGCCAUCCAGAUCAGCUUCUGGACAACUAGGAUCCCGGAUAAAGUGGGCUCUUUCUUUCUUGUCAUCGAGCUAGAUCGCCACUGAAAGAGUCUCAGAAUUCGGGAGCCGUGCUUGUUGACGUACCUGUUGGUUGUCCGCUGGGGCCUUCGACGGUCUCUGGACAUGGUGGACUUUUACCGUCAGAAUGACAUCAUCCAGGUUGAUGAUCUGAAUAUCAUAGUUGAUGGCAUGAGAUGCCAAUCCUAUAUAGCAUUGCCAUCGCACUGCUCAGGUUGUCUUCGUCAGAUCAUUUGAAAACAGAAAUCUACGAUACUACGAUAUUCAACACUUCAAACUACUUCAAUCCCAUCUGCAGCGCCGAAACUUUACGCAAGAUUUAUACAUACAUCUAUCAUCAUGGAUCUUCAAGGACAGCCCAUCGGUCAAGGACCCCGCAGCACUAAGGUCACCACUGAUCCUGAGGCUUCCCGCAACCCCAUCCAAGAAUCCUCUGGACCAGUGGCCGGAGACUCUCUUGCUGCCGAAUCUGCCACCAAGGGCGGCGUCUACUCUCAGAACCGUGGUGCCCAGCCUCUCGGUGUGACUGGCCAGCAGUCCACCUUGAACACCAAGGACACAUCAGCUGCCUCCGAGCUGCCAUCCGCCCCAGUUGGUGCUGCUCGUGAGAACCUCGACAGGCAGGAGAAAUACCCUGAAGCUCUCGGUGGCCAAGGUGACUUCCCUGGCCCCCAUCUUUCUACCUCGGGCUACGUUGGUGGUCCCACCGGUUCGAAGCAGCAGCAGCAGCAAGGAGCCCAGAAACAGUUCAAUGCCUCUCAGAACCAGCAGCGUGGCACCGCCAACGCUAGCGGCAGUGGCUACCAGACCCGGUCCAAGACUGGCACUGCACCAUCAUAUGCCCAGGACGUGGUCGGUGACUUGAGCAGCAAGAAGCCCCACGGCAAUAACUUGAAGGAAGGUGGUUUUGAUGACAGCAACAAUGCGAGCUUCACCACUGAUAUUGGCGGCGAGAACGACCCUGGCCGUCUCGCCACGAAGGGCUUCCAGCAGAAGCAGACAGAAUCCGGACCUACCGCCACACCGGCUGGCCGGGAGCAGAAGGGUGUCGACGACCAGCACUGGUACCAGUCUUUGCAGUCUGACCAGCGCGCUUAAUUAAAUAAUGACUUUGACGGACGGUAUGAAGAGCUCAUAAGCGGGUAUCUUGUGUUAUUUUCAACUCCAGCCUCUGCAGAGAUGGCC